GCCCACGGGCGGAGCUAAAUCUGUCGCGAUUAAUGCUGUCACGGGAACACCCAAAGUGGAGCCCCACGUAGCAAGAUGACCCGAAGUUGCUCGGCAGUGGGCUGCAGCACCCGGGACACCGUGCUGAGCCGGGAGCGCGGCCUCUCCUUUCACCAAUUUCCAACUGAUACCAUACAGCGCUCAAAAUGGAUCAGGGCUGUUAAUCGUGUGGACCCCAGAAGCAAAAAGAUUUGGAUCCCAGGACCAGGUGCUAUACUAUGUUCCAAACAUUUUCAAGAAAGUGACUUUGAGUCAUAUGGCAUAAGAAGAAAGCUGAAAAAAGGAGCUGUGCCUUCUGUUUCUCUAUACAAGGUUCUGCAGGGUGUACACCUUAAAGGUAAAGCAAGACAGAAAAUCCUCAAACAGCCACUUCCUGAUAAUUCGCAAGAGGUUGCUACUGAGGACCAUAACUACAGUUUAAAGAGACCUCUGACAAUAGGUGCAGAGAAACUGGCUGAGGUGCAACAGAUGCUCCAAGUGUCCAAAAAAAGACUGGUCUCUGUAAAAAACUACAGGAUGAUCAAGAAGAGAAAGGGCUUACGAUUAAUUGAUGCACUAGUAGAAGAGAAACUCCUUUCUGAAGAGACAGAGUGUCUGCUACGAGCACAGUUUUCAGAUUUUAAGUGGGAGUUGUAUAACUGGAGAGAAACAGCUGAGUACUCCACAGAAAUGAAACAGUUUGCAUGUACCCUCUACUUGUGCAGUAGCAAAGUCUAUGAUUAUGUAAGAAAGAUUCUCAAGCUGCCUCAUUCUUCCAUCCUCAGGACAUGGUUAUCCAAAUGCAAACCCAGCCCAGGUUUCAACAGCAACGUUUUUUCUUUUCUUCAGCGAAGAGUGGAGAAGGGAGAGCAGCUCUAUCAGUAUUGUUCACUGACCAUAAAAGGCCUCUCUCUCAAGCAGCAGCUCCAGUGGGACCCUAACAGUCACCGUCUGCAAGGGUUUAUGGACUUCGGCCUCGGUGCACUGGAUGCCGAUGAAACGCCCCUCGCCUCUGAAACGAUUUUGUUAAUGGCAGUGGGUAUUUCUGGUCACUGGCGAGCGCCUCUUGGUUAUUUUUUCGUAAACAGGGCAUCUGGAUAUUUGCAAGCUCAGCUGCUGCGUCUUACCAUCGGCAAACUGAGUGACAUAGGGAUCACAGUUCUGGCUGUUACGUCUGAUGCUACAGCUCACAGUGUUCAGAUGGCAAAAGCCUUGGGGAUACAUAUCGACGGAGACAACAUGAAGUGUACGUUUCAGCAUCCUUCAUCUUCUAGCCAACAGAUUGCAUACUUCUUUGAUUCUUGCCACUUGCUCAGAUUAAUAAGAAACGCAUUUCAGAAUUUGCAAAGCAUUCAGUUCAUUAAUGGCACGGCACAUUGGCAGCACCUUGUGGAGUUAGGAGCACUAGGGGAACAGGAAUUAGCAAAUAUGGAAAGACUCCCAAGAAAACUUGCAAAUCUGAAAAACCAUGUACUGAAGAUGAACUGCGCUGCCCAAGUGUUCAGUGAGAGCGUGGCCAGUGCGUUGGAGUGCUUGUUGUCGUUAGGCCUGCCUCCUUUUCAAAACUGUAUUGGUACCGUCCAUUUUUUACGCUUAAUUAACAACCUGUUUGACAUCUUUAAUAGUAGGAACUGUUAUGGAAAGGGACUUAAAGGCCCUCUACUGCCUGAAACUUACAGUAAAAUUAAUCGUGUGCUAAUUGAAGCCAAGACUAUCUUUGUGACAUUAUCUGACGCUAGCAACAAUCAAAUAAUUAAAGGUAAGCGAAAACUAGGAUUCCUGGGAUUUUUACUUAAUGCUGAGAGCUUAAAAUGGCUCUACCAGAAUUAUGUUUUCCCUAAGGUCAUGCCUUUUCCGUAUCUUCUGACUUACAAAUUCAGUCAAGACCAUCUGGAAUUAUUUCUGAAGAUGCUUAGACAGGUAUUAGUAACCAGUUCUAACCCUACCUGUAUGGCAUUCCAGAAAGCUUAUCAUAAUUUGGAGACCAGAUACAGAUUACAAGACGAAGUUUUUCUAAGUGAAGUAAGCAUCCUUGACAUUUCAAUUGCUCGAAGGACAGACUUGGCCCUUUGGACAGUUCAGCGUCAGUAUGGUGUCAAUGUUAUAAAGACUCUUUUUCACAAAGAGGAUAUUUGCCAAGACUGGUCUUACUGUUCUCUAAGUGAGGCAUUACUCGAUCUGUCAGAUCACAGGCGAAAACUCACCUGUUGUGCCGGUUAUAUUGCAAAUAAGUUAUCAGCUCUCUUAACUUGUGAGGACUGCAUCAGUGCUCUUUAUGCUUCGGAUCUCAAAGUUGCUAAAAUUGGGUCACUGUUAUGUGUUAAAAAGAAGAAUGGUUUGCAUUUCCCUUCGGAAAGUCUAUGUCAAGUCAUAAAUAUUUGUGAGCGAAUUGUAAGAACCCAUUCAAGAAUGGCAGUCUAUGAACUACUUCCUAAACAGAGAGAAUUGUAUCUCCAGCAGAAAAUAUUAUGUGAGCUUUCUGGGCAUAUUUAUCUUUUUGUGGACUUAGAUGAGCAUCUCUUUGAUGGAGAAGUGUGUGCCAUCAAUCACUUCGUAAAGUUACUAAAGGAUAUAAUAAUCUGUUUCUUAAAGAUCAGAGCUAAAGAUGUAGUGCAGUACCCUUUAAAACACCAUUCAGAAAGACUUGAAAUGAAAACUUUGUCAAGGAAACACUGGUCACCUUUACAGGAUUACAGAUGUUCAAGUUUUGCUAAUACCAAUAAAUUCAGGCAUUUGUUAAGUAAUGAUGGAUAUCCAUUCAAAUGAGGGACCUAAAA